GCCGGACUCCUCCUCAGUUUCGGGCGGAGCGCCGAGCAUCCCAAAAGCAACGACCCAGAGCGACUGAGACCGCAGAGCGACACUCGCGCGCCUUCGCACCGUGAGCCGCUGUUGGCAGGAGACGCCCAUCCACGUGCACGAGAAAGAACCGUUACUCUGGUUUACGGCACCCAGCGCCCAACGUCCAUGAUGAGGAUGCUCUACCUGUGGCUGCUCCUGGCGCUCGUCCCGCUGCUCUCGGACCCGUGGCCGGUGGGGACCGAUGAUGGUUGCUUCAGCGAAAAGAACUCCUUCUUCUGCGUGGGGGACGAAGUGCGUCGGAUGCCCGCCGUCAUCCCCAGCAACACCACCAGCGUGUUGUUGAAGCUGACGAAGCUCACGAUCUUACCACCGCAGGCUUUCUGGGGACUGAACGAAGUGUCCGAAAUCAUGCUGACGGAGAACGGGUUCCUGAAAGAGAUCGGAGCACUCGCCUUCGCCAACCUCUCUAACGUGGUUAAAAUAACAAUCACCGCAUCCAAAUAUCUGGCUGUGAUCCAUAAGGAUGCCUUCUGGGAUCUGCCGAAUCUGAGAUACCUGUCCAUCACGAACACCGGCCUCAAACGGCUGCCUGAUUUCACCAAGAUCCACUCAGCAGCACAUGACUUCGUGCUUGACUUCCAGGACAACCUGUACGUAGACGUGAUUCCACCCAACGCCUUUCUGGGAAUGACCACUGACAUUGUGGAGGACCUGAGACUGUCCAGGAACGGGAUCACUGAGGUGCAGAGCCAUGCCUUUAACGGCACGAAAAUGACGAGGCUGUUUCUCAUGGGAAACCAGCAGUUAAGGCACAUCCACAGCCAGGCCUUCACGGGAGCAGAAGGCCCUGGUCUAUUGGACAUCUCGCAGACAGCUGUCAGCACCCUGCCGGAGAACAUGCUUCACGGCCUCAAGCUGUUGAGGGCCGUGGCAGUGCAGAACCUGAAGAAGCUGCCCAGGGCGGAGCUCUUCACUCAACUCAUCAAGGCCAACCUGACUUACCCGAGCCACUGCUGCGCCUUUGCCAACUUAAGGAGGAACAUGUCCACGGAGAGCCCAUCCUGCAGUCUACCCAACAUUCAGGAGGAAGAGCCACACUUCUUCUGGGAGAACUGUCAGACAAACAACGAGGUAUCCUGCUUCCCCAAGCCAGAUGCCUUCAACCCGUGCGAGGACAUCAUGGGCUCCACCUAUCUGCGCGUGUUCAUCUGGCUCAUCAGCAUGUUGGCGAUUGCUGGCAACCUGCUGGUGCUAGCCGCGCUGCUGAGCAGCCCCUACAAGCUGACCAUGCCACGCUUCCUCAUGUGUAACCUGGCCUUCGCUGACCUCUGCAUUGGUGUCUACCUGCUGAUCAUUGCCGCCAUGGACAACCACACUCGCUCGCAGUACUACAACUACGGGAUCGACUGGCAGACAGGGCCCGGAUGCACCAUUGCCGGCUUCAUCACUGUCUUUGCCAGCGAGCUGUCGGUCUACACGCUCACGGUUGUCGCUCUGGCGAACUGGCACAUCAUGUUUCCGCUCCUAGCGGACCAACGCACACUGCUGCGGCACGCUCGCGCCAUCAUGACCGUUGGCUGGGUCUUUGCCUUGCUGGCCGCCGUGCUCCCUGUGGUUGGGGUUAGCAGCUACUCCAAAGUGAGCAUCUGCCUGCCGAUGGACGUGGAGACGACAGUAUCCCAGGUGUACGUGGUGGGGCUGCUGCUGUUGAACGUCCUGGCCUUCCUGGUAGUUUGCAUCUGCUACCUGCGCAUCUACCUGACUCUGCGCAAUCCCAACUUUGUUCCAGCUGGUGCCGACAUGGGCAUGGCGCAGCGGAUGGCCAUGCUCAUCUUCACCAACUUCCUCUGCAUGGCUCCCAUUUCCAUCUUUGCAAUCUUGGCCGCGCUCAAGCUACCCCUCAUCACCAUGUCCCACGCCAAGGUGCUGCUGGUGUUCUUCUACCCCAUCAACUCGUGCUCCAACCCCUUCCUCUACAUCAUUUUUACCAAGACCUUCAAGAAGGAUUUUUUCUUUCUGACCAGCCGCUUUGGGUUCUUCAAAGCCAGAGCGCAGGUGCACUGCACCGAGAUGCCCUCACCCCCGAGAAGAGUCUGGGUGUCUACCCGCAAUGAUACCCUCCACUCUCUGGAGUCACUUAACGAUUUUCGCUGAGCUCUGACCCCAGCUACCUUAACCUUUAACACCUGCACCUGUCAAUCUCCAUAUAAUAUUGAUGGCAGAUAC